AUGUCGAAGCACAUACAAAACUGUAAAAAAUGUCCCAACUCUGUAAAAGAAAAAUACAUACAAUCAACUACAGCAGUUUUAGAAAAAAUGGCAGAAAAACAAGAAUCCAGUGAUACAAGUCCUUUUACGUCCGCUAAGUCGAAGAUAUCCGGCGGUAUAACAUCAUUUGUAGACAAAAUGAACCCAGCAGACCAAGAUAAAGCAAAUGAACUACUCAGCAGAGCAAUUUAUGCAAGCAGAGCACCCCUUAGCAUGAUGGACAAUCCAUGCUGGAAAGAUUUUUUUUCGUUCCUUCGACCCGCAUAUAAAAUACCUUCAAGGUAUAUGUUGUCAGGUCCGUUUUUGGAAAGAGAGUACAAAAAUGUAUCAACUAUGGUGGCUGAAGCAAUCGCUAAUGCUAAUUCUGUCGGACUGGCUGCAGAUGGAUGGAGCAACAUCAGGAAUGAACCUAUUGUAAAUUUUGUUGUUACAACACCGAAACCUUUUUUAUACAAAGUUUUACUGACCGGAAAAUCAUCUCACAUUGGCGAAUAUAUGGCUCACGAAAUAAGUUGUGUGAUUGAUGAAAUAGGACAACAAAAAAUAUUUGGACUCGUGACCGACAAUGCAGCGAAUAUGAAAUCAACUUGA